AUGUCCGCCGCCGCUAAUAACUUCGCACCCAAGUGGGUGUUGAUGGAGCCCUUCGUCUCCCGCAGGGACUACGAUGAGUCCUUCCCGGACGAGAGCAAGCCCCCCAUCAAAACAUCCGGCACCACCUCGUGGAACGCCCCAUUCAGCGUCGCCUUCAAGCUUGCAGAGCCCCCGGCGAUCUCCCGCCUGUACGUGUACCUGCCGGGAUUUCCUGGGGAACCCAGGAGACAACUGCUUUCAAUCCUUUCGACCCACCAACAUCUCGCCCUUUUUCGUGUCAGUAAGAUCAACGUCCGUGGAGAACUUCCCGUGCAGGACUUGUUCAUCUUCAACGCCUACGACCUUUCACUCAAUCUACUCCCCCACUGUACCUUGUCCAACUUGGGUGAUCAUGCCCGCUGCGAUGGUCGCGUAUCUCGUAGUACUCCUACUUUUCCUCCUCCUGCGCAGCAUAUGAUGUCCGUCGCAAUCACGGGCCUAUUGUGCCGAGGCAAAGAGUUUGUGGUAGCAGAAGCCAAACUCUUGGUUAGGGGGCCUAGGGACAAUGAGGUCUAUGCUGACAUCUUUUGGCUGCGAUCAUCAUCAGCUGAUUAUUCUGAUUGUAACUGGAGCUGUGCCCGCAUACGAAUUCUCAGCAGCGACAGCACCGAUGAUUUCCUCUGGCAGAGCUACACCGUCAUCCCUUUUCGCAACUGGCUAUGCUGGAUCGACUACAACCGUGGCAUCCUCUUCUGUGACAUGUUCGGUCCCACCCCUACUGUCACCUUGGUCCACCUCCCUCCGGAGGAGGAGUUCGGUUCAACUCAUGCUCAUCCUCCCAACUUGUCACGUCGCUGGAUGUACCGGGGUGUGUCCGCCAUCGACGUCGGCAAUUGUCUCAAGUUCAUCAAAGUCGACCGCCAUGAUGGCGUUCCCUAUGGGCCACUCAAAGACGGUGCUGGCUUCACCAUCACAUGCCACACCCUCUUGUUAAAGGACAAGGUGUGGGAACAGGACUACUCCGUCACCUCCAAUGAGCGUUGGUCUGCCAACCCUCUUGAGGACCUCCCACGCGACAUUCUCAUGUUUCCUCAAGUGAACAUCGACAGGCCACACGUAGCUCACUUCCUUAUCAUCGAGAAGUCCGUGUACACGUGGAAGAAGAUGUGGGUGGUCACCAUUGACAUGAACACCAAGAAAGUGGAGUCAUUUAAUCCGUAUAUCAAUGGGAUGGAGGCCCGUGGAACUGAGGAUGCUGACUUGGCCAAAGAGAAGUCAUUUGGUUCCCUACCCUUCCUCCCCUGUGGGUUCUCCGAGUUCCUCCAUCUCUCAAGAAAGCCUAAGAGGUCUAGUGUCAAGCCACUUGCAUUGUUAACCUCCAGACCAUCCUUGAUUUCAAUCGUCGAGGUCGCCAUUUCCGCUGCCGCCGCUAAUAACUUGCCACCCAAGUGGGUGUUGAUGGAGCCCUUCGUCUCCCGCAGGGACUACGAUGAGUCCUUCCCGGAUGAGAGCAAGGCCCCCAUCAGAACGUCCAGCACCACCUCGUGGAACACCCCCUUCAGCGUCGCCUUCAAGCUUGCGGAGCCCCCGGCGAUCUCCCGCAUGUACGCGUACCGGCCAGGAUUUCCUGGGGAACCUGGGAGACAGUUGCUUUCAAUCCUUUCGACCCACCACAUCUCGCCCUUUUUCGCGUCGGACAAGGUGUGGGAAAAGGACUACUCAGUCACCUCCAAUGAGCUCUGGUCUGCCAGCCCUCUUGAGGACCUCCCACGCGACAUUCUCAUGUUUCCUCAAGUGAACAUCGACAGGCCACACGUAGUGCACUUCCUUAUCAUCGAGAAGUCCAUGUACACGUGGAAGAAGAUGUGGGUGGUCACCAUUGACAUGAGCACCAAGAAAGUGGAGUCAUUUAAUCCGUAUAUCAAUGGGAUGGAGGCCUGUGGAACUGAGGAUGCCGACUUGGCCAAAGAGAAGUCAUUUGGUUCCCUGCCCUUUCUCCCCUGUGGGUUCUCCAAGUUCCUCCAUCUCUCAAGGUACAUAUAA